AUGGGUCAGUGCGCCACGUCCCCCGCGCGCUCUGCUGCCGCCGACGGCAGCGGCGACGCAGGCGAGCCGACGGCCACCGCGCCGCCACCGCCACCGCCGUCGUCGUCGUGGUCCGGCUCCACCAUUUCCGCCAAGACGACCAGCGGGUACCACGUCGUCAAGAUCGAUGGCUACUCGCGCAGCAAGGGCGUGUUCCGCAACGGGGAGGUGAUCAGGUCUCGCGCCUUCACCGUCGGCGGGCACCGGUGGCGCGUCGAGUACUACCCGAACGGCAACACGCCGGGCUGCGCGGACUAUAUAUCCGUCUUCCUCCAUCUCGACGAGGAGGCGCCGGCCGUGGGCGUGCACGCGCAGCACCGGUUUCGGUUCUUCAACGAGACGGAUGCGGCGGCGGCGCCGUCGCCGCCGCCGUCGCUGGCCGCCGUCGAGGUGAACAGAUUUCGUAGCUACGCUAGCUGGGGGCGAGCCAAGUUCAUCAGGAAGGAAGAGCUCGAGAGAUCGAAGCAUCUGAAGAACGAUUCUUUCACGAUCCGGUGCGACGUCGUCGUCACCGGCGAGUUCGUUGCGAAGGACAUGCCUGAGGCGGCGACGGCGACGACCCUCCGUAACGGGGGCUUCGUCACCGUGCCACCAUCUGAUCUUCACCGUCACAUCGGGGAUCUCCUCCGCACCGGGCAUGGCGCCGACGUGAUGAUCAAGGUCGGCGGCAAGACCUUCGCCGCUCACCGGUGCGUGCUCGCGGCCCGUUCACCGGCGCUCGGGGUGGAGCUAUUUGGCUCAACGAACAAGAAGAAGAAGAAGAAGGAGCGCCGCGGGAAGGCCGUCAUCCGCAUCGACGGCAUGGAGGCGCGGGUGUUCGAGGCGCUGCUGCGCUUCCUCUACGCCGACUCGCUGCCGGAGAUGGAGAAGAACCACGAAGCCUCCAUGUGCUGGAACCUGCUCGUCGCAGCGGACAGGUACAGCAUGGCGAGGCUCAAGGCCGUCUGCGAGGAGAAGCUGUGCGAUCACGUCGACGCCGGCACGGCGGUGCCCAUGCUGGCGCUGGCCGAGCAGCUCCCCUGCGACGGGCUCAAGAAGGCUUGCUUCGGUUUCCUCCGCGAACCAGAAAACCUCAAGGUAGCCAUGGCCGGCGAAGGCUUUGAGCAUCUGAGCAGGAGCUUCCCUUCUCUCGUGAGAGAGCUGGUUGCCAUGAACCUAGCUGCUCGGUGA